GCGCUACCGGAAAAUUCGCGAAGGUUCCUGAAGCGGAACCGGCCGUUUCCGGAAGUUGGCAGCCGCAGGGGCUGUGGGACCGGUACUUGUUACAGAACGGUUGCAUUCGGAGGCUUUGCGGUGUUUCGGCUUUGGCUGUAACGGUGGGAAAGAAAAAUGGCCCUACUAUGCUACAACCGGGGCUGCGGUCAGCGCUUCGAUCCCGAGACCAAUUCCGAUGAUGCUUGUACAUACCAUCCAGGUGUUCCAGUCUUUCAUGAUGCCUUAAAGGGUUGGUCUUGCUGUAAAAGAAGAACAACUGAUUUUUCUGACUUCUUAAGUAUUGUAGGCUGUACAAAAGGUAGACAUAAUAGUGAGAAACCACCCGAGCCAGUCAAGCCAGAAGUCAAAACUACUGAGAAGAAAGAACUAUCUGAAUUAAAACCCAGGUUUCAGGAACAUAUCAUUCAAGCACCAAAACCAGUAGAAGCAAUAAAAAGACCAAGCCCAGAUGAACCAAUGACGAGUUUGGAAUUAAAAAUAUCUGCCUCCCUAAAACAAGCACUUGAUAAACUUAAACUGUCUUCAGGAAAUGAAGAAAAUAAGAAAGAAGAAGACAGUGAUGAGAUUAAGAUUGGGACCUCAUGUAAAAAUGGAGGAUGUUCGAAGACAUAUCAGGGUCUACAGAGUCUAGAAGAAGUCUGCGUAUACCAUUCUGGCGUACCUAUUUUCCAUGAGGGGAUGAAAUAUUGGAGUUGUUGCAGAAGAAAAACCUCUGAUUUUAAUACGUUCUUAGCCCAAGAGGGCUGUACAACCGGGAAACACAUGUGGACUGAAAAGGAUUCUGGGAAAAAAGUUGUUCCAUGUAGACAUGACUGGCAUCAGACUGGGGGCGAAGUCACCAUUUCAGUGUAUGCUAAAAAUUCACUUCCUGAUCUUAGUCGAGUAGAAGCAAAUAGUACUUCAUUAAAUGUGCACAUUGUAUUUGAAGGAGAGAAACAAUUUCAUCAAAACGUGAAAUUAUGGGGUGUGAUUGAUGUAAAGCGAAGUUAUGUAACGAUGACUGCUACAAAGAUUGAAAUCACCAUGAGAAAAGCUGAACCUAUGCAGUGGGCAAGCCUUGAACUGCCUACAACCAAAAAACAGGAAAAACAAAAAGAAGAUAUCACAGAUUGAGUAGAAGAAGAAAAAGCUAUUGCCUAUUUCAGAAUUCUUAAUGACAUGUGGUGAAGAUGUGGCUUGCUGCUGUAAUCUUUUUUUGCUGUUUUUGUCUGUGAAUUUGGCAUUUCAGGGUCAACGUUGGGUUCUUAAAACCCAAAGUCAGGUUAUCUUUUUGUCUUCUGUCUUCCUUUUGAGUUCUGUAAGAUUCACUAUUCAUUUUUCCUGUUAGAAGAAUAUUUGUGUCCCAUACUUGAAGAAGCUGGAAAAUAGCUCAUAAACAUAAUUGUAGGAUUUCUCAGUACAAUACAGUGUUAGGCAGAAAAAUAAUGUAAGACUUUUUAAAGAACUUUUGUCCCAUAAUUGGUAAAGUAUAAAAUGUCAAUUUUUAAUCAGAUAUUUCAUGGAUUUUUGCUAACAAUACUUGAAAGCCUUUAGGGAAGAUCUGCAUUGUCUUCCUAUAUGGAUAGUUUUUCUAGGAGGAUUAAUUCUGAGAUGAAAGGUAAAAGGGAAUAUGUGUUGACUAACAAAUUAGAAUUCUUUAACAGUUUAAUGUAAAAAUUAAAUCGAUACCUAUACUGCUUGCCAAACAGAUUUAAAAAUACGUGAAGUAAAAUUAUAGAAGUAUCAAUCUGGCUAAAAUUAACCAUUUUAUAGGACUAAGCAUUAAUGUUAAAAAUCUCUUUUCUGAUUAUUUGUAUAAUCUUAUGACUAAAUUAUACUUGAUUUACAUACAGUCUUAAGACCUUUUAAUCUUUUAGUUGACUAUAAAAAGAAAUACAUAUCCGGUUUCCAUGAUGGAUGAAAAACUGUAAAAGUGUAAACAUAAAGGUUUGUGGCAAAACAUUGAAGGGAAAAGUAAAUACAUAAGUUUUGCUUUAUGACAACUAUUACAUGUUGAAAUAGCUUAAUUCUCUCAGAGUUUUGUUUUUAAAGCUUUCAUGAAGAGCUGCGUAAUUUUAGUGGCAUAGUAUUGAUUAUAGUGCUUCAUUUCUAGUAAAUGUAAGUAACACAAAAUUCAAUGGUUUAUGCCAACUGCACCUAUUAACGGGUUAUUUUUUGAAUCAGUGCGGAGCUCCAGAAGAAGUUGUACAUUAAGAACUGUUAAGUUUGUAGCUCUGGCAGAACUUAAUAAUUUGGGGAUAGUCAUAUUAAAUGAUUUAGUCAUAUUUAUUAAAAGUAAAUUAAAAGGGAUUUAUUUCCAAAACCCUUAGAGUAAUAACAUUCUUACAAAGACAUGUGCUGAAGAACUAUUUUAGUUAAUACUUUGUAUAUAUCAUUCUACUAUUGUCAGCAGAUAACUAUUAGACCUAUUAGUUACAUAAUUUAAAGGUUUAGCUCUGUCACAAUUAUAAAGUCAAAAAAGUGGCAACUAUACUUUGUUGACAUUGAAAUAACAUGGCAAGAAAUUUGACAGUAAAGAGUAUGUAAGUCUCUAAUACUGAAAGAGAUGUGUUUAAGGCUUUUAGAGUUUUUUUCUUGUUGUAGAAACCCUGGUUAAGAGCGGGGGAUUUAGUUCAAUGGCACAGUGCCUGCCUGAAAAGUGGAAGGUCCUGAGUUUAAUUCCUGGUACCAGGAAAAAAAAGAAACCCUGGUUAAUUUAGAGACAAGGAGUUUUGUUUAUCAUUUGUAGAAAAAGGUUGAAAAUUUGAUUCACAGUAAUUUUCAUUAUAUCAUUUUAAUGUUUCCUUCUUGAGGCUGCUUUCUCCUGAACAUACCUUUAAUCUGUUAUGGUUGAACUGUUAUUUAAAGCAAGUAAAAUAUUCUAACCUCAGAUUUAAAAGCACUAUUUCUUUUGAUAUAGCUAUAUAGACCAGUUUCAUUGGUGACAAUUUUAUUAUUCCUAAAAUCCUCUGAAUGUGUUGCCCAGAUGAAAAUUUAAGUGAUACUUACCUUAGACUCAUGUAUACAGGGACACAAUUACAGUUAGAUAGAAUGUUUUAGUCUAUAAAUUUGUCAAAGUUAAUAAAAAAUGCUUGUUAACUUUA